CUCAUUGAAUAUUCACUGAAGAGCGACGGGAGUUCUCGGUUUACGACAGAGUGCGUCCGUGCGCGUGGUGGGAACGGUAGCAAGAUGGCGGCGCUGAAGGAGGAGCAGUGCUACGGACUGUCCUGUGGAAGAGUGAGCAACGGCAGCAAUGUCUCCGUCUUUCACGUUAAACUCACUGACAGCGCGCUGAGGGCGUUCGAGGGCUACCAAAGCGGCAAGGUCCUGUCAUCACGACCAUUGAUCAGAUUUAAUGGAAACCAAGGGAAAAUCUCAAUACCACGGCCAGAAAAUUCCAGUGAACUGCAAACGUUUACUUUCUACCUGUCGAAUGUGGGCAGAGAUAACCCCCAGGGCAGCUUCGACUGCAUCCAGCAGUUCAUCACCAGUGAAGGGAGCAUUCAGCUGGACUGUUUGGGCGGGAUCCAGGACAAGAUCACAGUAUGUGCCACAGACGACUCGUACCAGAAGGCCAGGGAAAGUAUGGCCCAAGUUGAGGAGGAGACUCGGAGUAGGAGUGCCAUAGUCAUCAAGCCUGGGGGAAGAUACGUAGGUAAGAAGGUUCAGAUCCGGAAACCGGCACCUGCCCUCUCAGAUAUCGCCCCCCUACGGAGGACGUCUCGGCCUGUCAUCAUCUCUAGCAGUACACUAAAGAAAAGUACGACUCAGCAUAGGCCGCUCCGAGAGCGCCUCAUACACCUGCUGGCCCUCAAGCCUUACAGAAAGGCUGAGCUGAUCCUCAGGUUGCAGAAGGACGGCCUCUCGCCAUUAGACAAAGACUCCCUGGACAGCCACCUGCAACAGGUUGCAAACCUGAAUGGGAGAGAAAACACCUUCACAUUGAAGGACUUUUUGUAUAAGGAAAUUCAGAAGGACUGGCCUGGCUACACAGAGGGAGACCAGCAGCUUCUGAAAAGAAUUCUGUUCAGGAAACAGGCCCAGAACAGCUCUACUCCUCCACCAGAGAGCCCACCCAAAGAAGUGGCCAGUAGCUCUCCAUCUCAGAAACGGCCCGCCGCUGACUUCAUCGACCCUCUUAUCAACAAAAAGCCACGGAUAUCGCACCUCGCCAACAAGGCUGCAACAGCCCCAAUUAAUGGCAAGCUCAGCUCUUCCAACGGGAGAGGAGAGGCGGGCGGAGCACAGCCUGGGGGGGCAGUGUCUUCGUCCGAGGGCGGCAUGACAUCGGGCGCCCAGCCCCUUCCCGUGCUCGACAUCCCUCGUCCCUUCGAAGUGUUGUCGGACGUCAGCAACGACUCCAGCCACAAUGGCCGCGACUGUGACUCUCAGGAAACGGCGGUGUCCGAGAGGCUCGGCCAGCCACCUUCUUCGCUCUUCUCGGUGUCGACGGUGACCACGACGCCGAGCAUCAGCACGUCGUCCCCCGGACACACGGUCCUGUUGGGCCCGCGGGACAAGAGCCCGUCGUCUUUAAACAGCAAGUCCAGGAAGAAGUCGAAAAAGCAUAAAGACAAGGAGAAGAGCAAAGACAGGGAGAGGGUGAAAGGAAGGGAGCAGGAGAAGGAGAGGAAGAGUCGCGAGGAAAGCGUGCCUGAGCCCAACCGAGCCUGUGAGAUGAGCCCAGGGAACCUGAAAAGCAACAGUAUUCCACAAAAAAGCACAGAUCUGAAUGGAAUGUGCAACAGUACCAGUAUUCCUUCAUCCUCACCUGAGGUGGCAGACUAUUUAUUGAAGUACACAGUGAUUGCCUCUCCGGAGCAGCGUCAGAGGUAUAAAAACGAUUUCAACAACGAGUACAGUGAGUACCGAGGUCUCCAUGCUCGAAUAGAGGGCAUCACCCGGCAGUUCACUGUGCUCGACAAUGAGCUUAAACAGCUCCAACAAGGCACAGACAAGUACAAGACAAUCCACAAUCAGAUACUUCAAGAGUAUCAUAAAAUUAAAAAGACUAAUCCAAACUAUAGCCAAGAGAAGAACCGCUGUGAAUAUCUACACAACAAACUGGCACAUAUAAAGAAACUCAUUGCGGAGUAUGAUCAACAGCAACUUUAGAAAUAGUCACUAGACACUGUUUCCCUCUUAUCUCUGGAAACCACGCAGAUAAAGGAAAACUCUGGAGUCAGCUUGCUCUAAAAAAAAAAAAAAAAAAAAAAAAAAAAAUGCCAUGAAGGGAGUGUUCCCCUCAUUGGAGCCAAAGGCUCUAAUGAGGGUGAAACAGGACACAUGAUCUCUCUUUCCUUUUUUGUUUUCUUUUUUUUUUUUUUUUUUUUUGAAGAUGGGACUGAGUCUGGUUUGACUCUGUCGCUGUAGUUAAUGGUGCAUCCAGAAAAUGUGGUUUGGUUUGGCUUUGUUUUUCUCAAACGACCACUCUGCUAGAGGGGUCCCAAACAGUCAAACACGGACACUUUCCCACUUUCUUGGGGGUGGGGGUGGGUGGAUUUUCAGAUAAUCUUUCCUGCUUUAGAAACUGGAGGGAAGGGGUCACACUUAGUUGAAACGUGCAGUUUGUAAGCCAAAUGCAACUAAUUUGUUUUGAGUUCAGAAAAAAUAAGUGAAUGAUACAUCGGUUUUCCCUGCAUACUGAAUCAAACGGUUGUGAUGUUGAACUUAUUUCUUUGUUUUUUGUUUUUUUUUCUCUCUUUUAUUUAUUUUUGACACUUAAACUGGGGGGGUGAGUCUACUUUACACUCCUCAAUAUCAGUACUUAAAAGCUGUGUCUCCUACUUUCUGUCCUCACACCUUGAAUGUCUACCAGUAUUUUAUUCAGAAGCUGCCUUGCCCAUUUAAUUGUCAAUCUGUUGGCGAUCAUUUUCUUCUCUCUUUUAAAGAGAUGUAGAUAUUACUGUUGAUUAAAUCAAAACAAAUGCACACGGUCAGACGCAGGUUUGCGAGCUUGGCUUUUCUUUUCUGAAGUAACGUGCAGAUGUCUUAACAGAGGAGACAUGAGUCAGUUUCCAAUCACUGUAAAGCUGUGGAUUGUCUUUGGAUGUCGUGACGAGCUCGGUUACAGCAGUGGUCCUUAGUUACAGUUCACCGUAUUGUAUCAGUAAGGACCUAUAUUUAGCUCUUAAUUGGGUGUCUUUCCAGUUGUAGCAACAGAACAAUUCAGUUAUCUGAGGAGUUCGCAGUCGGUGUUAAUCACACUAUGGAAGAUCCUCCAAUUGUAAGAUGAAGCAGACGGGAUUCAGACCUGUAGACUUUUUCUUUUCAUCUUUGAAAUGUCCGAUCUGAUAUCUUCUAGCGUGCACCAUUAUCACCUUUAUUACGUUAAAAUCCUGUUUACAGUGUCUAUGAAAGGUUUGUCUGCUGAUCGACCCGCAUUUAGUCACAGACGACUGUUAAAAUGAAGCCAUCUCUGUUCAUCUUCCCGAGUGGAGCCUGGUGGACCUCCUGCUCAGAGAAGGACCAGUUUUUGCCUUUUUUUUAAAAAAAAAAAAAAAAAAAAGUGAUGUCAAGAAUUCACGGCAACCGGAAAACCUAUUUCCUGGAUCGACUCUCCUCUCCGACGAGCGUCGAGUCGAGACGGAACCCGAAGACAAACGAGAAACCCUGCACCAGAACUUAACCUGAUGGGCGAUGGGCCGAGUCGGCUUCAGUCAGCGGAUGCAUUUCUUAUAUGGAUCUUUUUAUGUGAAUAUGAAAAAUCAGCACUUUUUCUCCUGAUCUUGCUGUUACCUGGGGUGGGGUGGGGUUGUCCAAAACGACACUUUUCUCGUUGUCCAUCAGAGUGCAUGCCUUAUGAAUGUGUUACAAUGAUCAGUCUUUGUACCUUUACUUGAAAAGAAAAUAUAUAUAUAUAUAUAUAUACUGCCCAAGGACAUCAAAAUCCAAGCGAAGGCCUCGUCCAACUGAAUCAGUAUGUAAACGAUAGACAUGGCUCCGACCAGCAUGUAUACCAAAGUGCUUAAGAUGGAUGAUAGAAAACGCCCUACCAAAUGUUGGCAAAGGAACAUGUCUCAGUAUUCUCUAUUUCCUGUUUUCGCUAUCUUUUGUCAGUAUAAUUUACCAUCCAGUGGAAACUUGUGUUGUGUUUUCCUUGAGAGAAGUCAGAGGAGGCUCCUUUGCUCCAGGCGGGGUAUGGUCUGGGGUGAUGUCGGGUUUCUGAUCACUCUCCAAAUCCAAACACUACAUUUAGGUCAAUGCUGAACACUGCUGCGUCUAGACUGAGACUGGGACUGGGAUGAAGUCUGGAUGUGAAUGUUUCCCCACCGCAAUCAGCUCUUGGCAAGAGAGACACUUUUCACCGUUCUUACUGUACCUUGUUUUCCAGACACUUUCGAACAUGAUUACUGUAUUACAUCUCUAGUACGUUCAGAAAUCUGAGUUCAUUGGAAAAACCUAUUUUUGAUCCAAUGGAGAGCGAACUGUAAUGACACGCCAGCACGGGAGCACCACUGUAUGAGAUGAUUGUGCCAAAAGAACCUGUUGUAUAGGUUUUCAUUUUCUUUUCUGAGUAUAUUCAUGCUGCUGUAUAAGCAAAGAGGGCUUUGGAGAGUAGUCAUGACAUGUUGGCGCUAAAACCCAAAGCACGCUUUUUGACAACCAUAAGGGACUGGGACUGAAAUUGAUCUUUGUUUCAAUAAAAUUCUUUAAAAUCUUUAUUUCUGGAAUUCUGAA